AUGACACUGCGCUUGCCGUCACCACCAGAGCUCGACUCAGAUGAGGAGGAGGAGGAAGACGUGCCACGCGUGGCGAAGGCACGCCUCCGCGUCAUCUCUGGCGCCACCCCGGGCGAGUUUGACCUGUUCGAAGGCGACAACAUCGUUGGACGGCAAACUGCAGUGGAUGCGCAGGUGAAGCUGGACAACAGCUACGUCUCGGAGCAGCAUGCGAAGAUCAGCAUCGACAACACGGAUGUCAUCACCCUCACUGAUCUGGGCAGCACCUCCCACACUUACGUCAACAAGCGCAGCAAGCGCAACCGGUUGAAGAAGGACGAGCCGCGUGUCCUCGACCAUGAGCAGCUCGUGUUCUUUGCAGACGUCAAGGCGCAGCUCCUCGUCGUUCCCCAGAGGCCAGGAACGCCGCCGCUGCAGGUGCAUAUCUCGCCGAAGAGGACGAGGAAGAAGAAGGAGAGGACAGCGGAAAGCCAACGCCUGCUGCAGCGAAGCCCGAACCAACAGCGCCCAUGGAACCAACAGCGCCCAUGGAACCAACAGCGCCCAUGGAACCAACAGCACCCAUGGAACCAACAGCACCCAUGGAACCAACAGCACCCAUGGAACCAACAGCACCCAUGGAACCAACAGCGCCCAUGGAACCAACAGCACCCAUGGAACCAACAGCACCCAUGGAACCAACAGCGCCCAUGGAACUAA